UGCCCAACCCCUGAGCCACCCCGGCAGGGCUCUGGUCUCCUUUUCCCCGUCCACUUUCCUGCCUCACGUGGUUGGCCAUCGGGGAGCAGGUGCCUGCGCGGGUGCGUCCAGCGGCAGGGUCUCGCUCCCCUGCCCAGGCUCGUCCUGCUCGCCGUCCUGCUGCUGCUGCUGUGUGGGGUCGCGGCCAGCUGCGUGCGCUUCUGCUGCCUCCGCAAGCGGGCCCACGCCCAGCCCCUGUCCACGGCUCCUCAGCCCUGCGACCUGACGCUCUUUCCUGGGGACAGCGACAGCCCCGCACACAGCACUGUGACCUCCUACAGCUCCGUGCAGUACCCGCUGGGCAUGCGGCUGCCCCUGCCCUUCCCGGAGCUGGACCUGGACGCCAUGACCCCUCCCGCCUACAGCCCCAUCUACACCCUGGAGCUGCCUCCCUCCUACGACGAGGCUGUCAGGAUGGCCAAACCCGGACAGGAAGAGCCACCUCCUCCGUAGCCUCGCCCCCUCCCCGGGGCCUCAGGCCCGGGACCCCCGAAGAGCUAGGAGCUGAGCCUCAAAGCCCAGCCGCCCCCCCCUCCCCGCAGCUGUCACCCUGGUGCCUCUCCAAGGGGGUGGGGAAGGUCUCCCGAUGUCACCAGCCACACUGUGCUCCCAGGAGACCCCCAGCCACCCUCCCCAUCCUUCCCCCGGGAAGGCCAGACGUCCAGCACAUUGCUGCAGCCCUGGCCUCGUUGCUAUGCAACGCCAGGCAGACACCCACACACACACACACACACAGGUUGCUACAUCCAGCCCCAGCCCCUGGCCCAGGCCCAGCAGGCCCUCUGCCCAGAGGAAGUCCCACAGGUCUGGGCCUCCACAGCGUUUUGGAGAAUAAAGUUUGUAUCUGAGUGG